UCGUGCUUGAUAUGGCUUGAAGAGUUCUCAUGCUUGAUAUGGCUGCUUGUUUUACAUUAGUUCUUUACUCACACUUGUUUUGGAAGCUGGUUUUGCAUUCUGCAAAAGAUUGGUGGUUGUGACUGCCUUUAAAAAAAAAACAAUUAUGAUUGUAUAUUUAGUUUAUUAUCAGUAUAAAUUUGUUCUGGCUUGGAUAUAGUUUUUCGCUCGAUUGGUAAGUAUUUGCUCGGUGCUGAACUGCUGAUUUUAUGUUUUUGUUAGGUUUUGCAAUAUCCUUAUUUUUUGUGCUUAAUAUUGUAUCGAAGUUUUGGAGGUCGGGUAAGGAUGUCCAAUGGAUAUCCAAAACCUAAUCGGGUCGGUUUCAUUAAUACCCAAUAGGUUCGGCUGAAAAAACCUAACGUAGUUGCUAACCAUUGCCAUUCCUAGGGCGAAAUGAUAUUACCAUUAUGGUCUUAAUAAUAAGACUACUAAAACAAUUGUGGUUUAUUCUUCAUUAUACACCGUUUAGUUCCUUUCCACUCUAUUGCCGACCCAAUUGAUGGAUUCAACUCUCCAUCUUCUAUAGAUUGCUGGCUUCAAUUCCUUAAUGCCAUGCUUUCACAUCUGCUGCUUGUGCUCUGCAUUGUUGGGUUUAGUCGCAGCAUCAACAGCAGCCCAGGUUUCGGAAAUGGAGGAGGAGACGACAGGAAGGUUUUGAUUGUAGGGGAGGAAUUGUGGAAGCAAACUAUUCCUUUGCAACUGGGUUCUCGAGUUUACGAGCUGCAAGGGCUUAAAUCACAUACUUGGUAUGAAGUGAAGAUAUCGUAUCCAGCUUCUAUACCUGCUAGCUUUACUAUCCAAUUGAAGAAAGAUGAUUCUGACCCCGGAAUGAACCGGGUUGCAAGAAGAUUGUUAAAUACUGAGAAACUGAUUUUCAAGACUGAUGUUAUUCUUGAUAGCAAUCAGAGUAAAUUGUGUGUUUUGGUGAGGGUGGAGCCAGAGGGGGUAGUGGCAAUACCAAAUGUAGAGGAGAGGAAAGACAUCACAUUCAACAUAGUUUGUGAUGAACUAUUAUUGGGAAUCCCACACAAGGCUUGGUGGGUAGUAGCCUUGGUAGUGCUCUGUUUGGGAGUGGCUUUCAUCAUUCCUCAUUUUCUUCCAUCGUGUCUACUGCUGAGGGAUAGAAGGCGAGAAACAUUGAAUCAGAGAGUUUCCAAAGAAUCUUGAUUUCAGAAUCAUUACCUGUGUUACGUUUUGCCAUAGGUAACAGAUGUCCUCUAGUGGCGUGUUCACUGCUUUUGAUGUAAAAGUGUCAUGUCAUUUGCUUGUUUUUGGUCAAUAGGAAUAGGAGAUUAACAUGUCAUGCAUGACCUUGUUGUGUAGUUUUACUCUUGAUGUUUUUAUUAGUCGGCCAGUAAUAGUUUGAGCAGACUAUCUCCCCCGUAAAUCCUAUUUGUUGUUGGAAGUUUAGCAUGAUCUCUGGUACUGUCCUCUUGAAUACUUCAAUUCGUUUCAUUGGAGUUCUGAUGCA